AAAUGAAAGUCUCACUCUAUAAAUACAUCUUCUUUACUUCCCCAAAUUCAGUACCAAUUGCAUCAUUCACUCUCCACUUUGAAAACAUCACCAACAAAACAAAAAGUCACACACACAUUAAAAAGAGAGAAACCCCUUCAACACACACCCUUAAAAAAACAUUUUUGCAUCCAUUUAUCAUGGUUAAGACAGAGAUCAACAAGAUCAACAAGGAAAAACCAAAACCAAAGCCAAUGCAACAACAUGUUUUAUCAACAAAAGCAGCAUCAAAUGAUAAGAAGAAAAAAUACAAAGGAGUAAGAAUGAGAAGUUGGGGUUCUUGGGUAUCAGAAAUAAGAGCACCAAAUCAAAAAACAAGAAUAUGGUUAGGUUCUUAUUCAACUGCAGAAGCUGCUGCAAGAGCCUAUGAUGCUGCACUUUUAUGCCUUAAAGGUUCAUCUGCAACAAAUCUUAACUUCCCUUUAGAAACUUCUUCACAUUUCAUUCCUCAAGAGAAUAUUUCUAUGUCACCUAAAUCUAUUCAAAGAGUAGCUGCUGCUGCUGCUGCUGCUUCUUCUUCUUCUUCUUCUAGUAACAAUGAUGUUACUAAUACUAUUAGCACCCCACCAACUUCAUCAUCCUCAUUAGUUUCAUCUCCAUCAAUGUCAUCUUCUCCUUCUGAUCAAAUUGAUGAUGAUGUUUCACUUUUUUCAUCUUUUGGGGCCUGUGAUGAUCAUUAUCAAGCUAAUGAUCAAUCAAUGGCUAUGAUGGAUUCUUGGUAUGGAUUUGAUGGUUUAUUACAAUCACCAAAACAUGUUGAUCAAAUGCUAAGUGGUUCUUUGUUUGAUAUUGAUUCAACUCAAGUACUUCUUGAUGAUUGGUAUGAAGAAGGUGACAUUAGUUUGUGGAGCUUCUACUAAGAGGAAUUAUUCAAGCAAAAAAAACAUAUUCUUUUAUUACUCUUAUAAAUUCAUAUUUGUUUUUCUACAGUGCUAGUUCUUGAAGUUACUAUUACUGACUGUGACAAAAUUAAGAUUAUUUAUACUCUAGAAGAUAUUCAUAAAGAGAAGAGACAAUUUUUGGUCUCUCUUUUGUGAAUUUCUAUUUAUGUGAGAUUAUAUAUGUAUUAUUGAAGCAAAGCUUGUAAUAUCUAUUUUACAAUUAGUUUUCUUUAUGUUAUAUAAUUUACA